CCGCUGAAAGAUGGCCUCGCUGGUUCGCAAGGCGAUGUCGCCUUCUUGCCGCCGGAGAACUUCACUCCAGUUUGCAACACUUUGGCGGCCCUGGGAAAUGUUACUGCUGAUGUUGCUGGUACUCCGCUACGCUCUGCGCAUGGCGGUGGCGGUGGGUACCGAUGCCGGAACGAGAAGCACAGCUACACCAGCUGCAACAAGCGCACCGCCACACACGCCGCCAGAACUUGCCAUCAGGCCAGGAGCUAUUCGCGAACACGGAUCCACGCUGUUGAUUUGUCACUACGAGUCGGAUGGUGAUGGUUCCGUGCGUACUGUGCGCUUCCUGAAAAGUGGGACGGUAGUCGCCACAGUGCCCGGAAACGCCAGCAGUUUAGUGCUGUCAUUUGGACAUGCAGCAAUCGCGGCAAUGCCGGGAAAUGCCAACUUGACCUUGGACUAUUGUUCGACAAGUGCAGCGGGCACGUGGACAUGCCAAGUGGAAGUUAAUACUUCUGUGGAGAUGUCAAAUGAAGCAAACCUGACUGUUAUACCAAGACCAGUUGGCCCGGCGCUGAAGGCACGGACUCCGCUCGUCAGUGUGUUGAAUUCAACCGCUAUUCGUUUAGAAUGCUUGUACAACAUGACUUGGUUAGAUAGUCAUGGUUAUAACCAAGCAUCUGUUGUGUGGACAUUCAAUGAGUCAGUAGUUACUACUGGUAAUGGCAGUGUGCUUAUGGCACAUUCGAAUGCUACCUACCUACAGUUGUUCCACUUCAAACAAAAUGAUUCAAUGAGUGAAGUCACAGUAGUGACUACAUCAUUACUGCUGCCCCUAUCAGUUUACUGUGCAAUGGAGUUGGACAACGAUACCCGACUGUCGUCCUCGACUAAGAACAUUUCGGUGAUUGCCCCGGUCGUCCCAACUCUGGACAUAUCUCCAAAGCUGGUGUACAAUGAGAAUGAGUCCAUGGUGGUGAAGUGUACAUUCGACUCUGCAGCUCUGCAAGAUCUGGGCAUUGAAGAGUGGUCCACAGUCAUGUUCUGCAACUCCACGGCUCUCCUCGGGGCCAACAGGUCUUCCAGUGUGUGGUAUAGGUCGCUCGGCACGCUGGGCACCGUGGACUAUACACACACCAAUACAUCUCUGCUGCAGAUUGCAGUCAGCGGUCUGAGAGUGUCACCAAGGACGCAGUGGGACUGCAGCCUGCAUAUUCCCCUGCACAAUGACACACGACACUCCAACACACUGGACACCUACGUUGUACCCUCCACAGAUGUGGACUUGGUGAGGACACCCGCCCCUGUGGUUCUGGCCAACACCAGCGUCGACUUCCAUUGCAACUACUCCGUGGACUCGCUGCAUGCGAUCGGCAUUACCACCUGGUCAGUUCACUGGGUGCUCAAUCAGUCCGAGUUGAGUUUCUUCGACAAUGGCACCGUGCUGAGAACUAACUCCCACGCUCAAGUAGAUAUCCUGCCGUCACUGCAGUUCAGUACAGUUCCUAGUAACAGUAGCAUGACCCUGAUCUACCCUGGGACACUGCCGACAACACAUUGCCAUUGCCGUAUUGUCAGUGGCAGCUUCGCUUUGCAGUCCAAUGAAGUCGAUAUCACCGUCUUGGAGCCGAUUGUGCCUGUGCUGCGUAUACAGCCACGCCGACUGUACAGUGAGAAGGAGACACUGUUCCUGGAGUGUUUGUAUGACACGCAGCCAUUGCGUCACGCUGGCAUUGUCGACUGGUCUGUGAGGUUUGUUAUCAACUCUAGCAUCGUGCUGUCCAGCAAUGGCACGGUUCUGGUUGGCAAAGACAAUCUCUUGCGGUCUGUCGGCAAGCUGGGAAUGAGCGUGGAGAAUAUCAGUGCGUCAUCGCAGGAGGUCACGUCUCUGGUGCUGACGCGUUCUACACCUUGCCACUGUGUUCUGAACAUACCAUACUUUUCCACUGCAGGCAGUCUGUCCAACACGGAGCAUUUCAUAGUAGCAAGCGCAUCCGCCAAACCAAUCUUGUACCGGAGUCCACGUCCAGUGGUUUGGUCCAACGACACAUUAACACUGGAGUGCAUCUACUCAAGCAGCUCACUGCAAACAUCGGGCAUUACAGCAUGGUCUGUUCAAUGGCUGAUCGGCAAUGCCAUGCUCGUUCUGUGGGACAAUGGUAGUGUGGUGGAAGGCGUGAACAAUCACACUGCCUUGAUGUCCUCCAUGGACUUUUACUCUGCACCUGGCAACAGCACUCUGCUUAUCACGCAUCCUACCUCGCUACCAACUACUGAAUGUGCCUGUCGUAUUGUUACUAGUAGCAGUGAUUUGCCAUCAAACACUCGCACUAUAGCGGUCAUUCAACCAGUGGUACCAGAGCUUGCCAUCCUUCCCAGGCAUCUGUACGUGGAAAACGACACAUUGGUGAUACAGUGCAGCUACGACACUGCUGAGUUGAUCUCUGCCGGCAUCAUGAAUUGGACCGUGACAGUCUACGCCAACCACUCAGCAGUUGCUGCGAGCAACGGGACAGUACGUCAGGUUCACUCGCGUGCCACUUUGUUCGGAAAUGCGAACCUUGUGGCCGAGAAUGCCAGUACCACACUAUUGCAGAUUUCCAGUCUUCUACCAAACCGAGACAUCGUCUGUUGGUGUAGGUUGUUGGUGCAUGACGUGGAAGGUCCGGGCACACUGUCGAAUGAAGAGAAAUUUACUGUACUCUCCAAAGAAGCCAAACCAAUCUUGUACCGGAGUCCACGUCCAGUGGUUUGGUCCAACGACACAUUAACACUGGAGUGCAUCUACUCAAGCAGCUCACUGCAAACAUCGGGCAUUACAGCAUGGUCUGUUCAAUGGCUGAUCGGCAAUGCCAUGCUCGUUUUGUGGGACAAUGGUAGUGUGGUGGAAGGCGUGAAUAAUCACUCCGCGUUGAUGUCCUCCCUGGACUUCUACUCUGCAUCUGGCAACAGCACUCUGCUUAUCACGCAUCCUACCUCGCUACCAACUACUGAAUGUGCCUGUCGUAUUGUUACUAGUAGCAGUGAUUUGCCAUCAAACACUCGCACUAUAGCGGUCAUUCAACCAGUGGUACCAGCGCUUGCCAUCCUUCCCAGGCAUCUGUACAUGGAAAACGACACAUUGGUGAUACAGUGCAGCUACGACACUGCUGAGUUGAUCUCUGCCGGCGUCAUGAAUUGGACCGUGACAGUCUACGCCAACCACUCAGCAGUUGCUGCGAGCAACGGGACAGUACGUCAGGUUCACUCGCGUGCCACUUUGUUCGGAAAUGCAAACCUUGUGGCCGAGAAUGCCAGUACCACACUAUUGCAGAUUUCCAGUCUUCUACCAAACCGAGACAUCGUCUGUUGGUGUAGGUUGUUGGUGCAUGACGUGGAAGGUCCGGGCACAUUGUCGAAUGAAGAGAAAUUCACUGUACUCUCCAAAGAAGCCAUUCCUCGAGUGAUCCAGUCACCAAGCCCAGUCAUAACCGAGAAUGGCGAAGCAAGCUUCCACUGCGUCUAUGACACAGUUCCUCUGCACCACGCAGGAAUUACCGACUGGUACGUCGAGUGGGUUUUCAAUCACUCCUAUGUGGUCAGCGACAAUGGAACAACUGUGUCUAACACAUCAUCACUAAGUGACCUCCUAGAACCGCUCAGUUUCUACUCGGUGGCGGGAAACAGCACGGUGGUGAUGAGCAAUGCCUCUGUGAUGAGUGGUGUGACAUGCAGGUGUCGCCUGAAGACGCACCAGGAGCAGCACCAGCCGCAGAGCUUCCAGGAGCACCAGCACUACCAACAGCCGCUACAUGUGCAGUCCAAUCAAGUUACAAUCUCAGUCAUACCUGAUGUGAUUCCUGUCCUGGUUAUUGAGCCAAAGUUCCUGUUUUCGGUUAACGAAACCGUUCGCCUGCGCUGUCUGUACAACACGGAUUGGCUGGUAGCCGAGGGCAUCUAUACAUGGCAUGUCACGUUCAGCAUCAACAAUACCAUCGUUGUGUCUAGCAAUGGAACCGUCCUUCAGGGACAUGGCUACCUAUCUGGAUUGGGACAUGUAAACUCUAGCUUGGCCUGGUUCACAAUGGACUCCUCUGACCUGCCAGUUAUGCUGCUCCAAGCAACGCCGCAGGUCACGUGUAGCUGCACCAUUCACAUCCCAGCGCUGAACAACGCGCUGCAACAAUCGAAUGUUGACCACUUUGCAGUCGUGCAGCAUUCGGCGGUUCCCGAGCUUACUGUCCAGCCAUACCUCACAGCAGUGGAUGGGGAGAAUGUUCACUUGAUCUGCCAAUAUGAUUCAAGAGAGCUGGUCAGAUCGGGCUACAGCAACUGGACAGUUCUGUGGACGUUCAACUCCAGCAUGAAGGUCUGGGAGGAUGGCAGUGUUCACGAGGCACAGGUGGGAGCUGAAGAUUUCCUAUCCACGCUGGAAUUCAGUUCCGGCGUUGGUGUGGCGUAUGCCAAUGUUUCCAGUCAGUUCAAUAUCUGGUCACUGGCCCGAUGUCAGUGCUCCAUCGUUGUGGAGAACGUUACGUCCCUCAGCUCGCAGCAGCGCAUUGUCACCAUCCUGCCUAAAGUCAACAUCUCACUGUCCAUUCACCCACAGCCUGUAGUACUGGAGGCUACAGUGGUGACUAUCUCUUGUCUGUACGACAUCAGUCCACUUCAAGCCAUGGGCGUCAACAACUGGACAGUGCAUUUCCUUAUCAAUGGCAGUAGCAUUGCAGCUGAUCCCGGCACUAUUGAAUCUGCUGCGCACAUGACUUGGGUUGGUAUUGCAGCCACCGAGCGGCUCAAUGAUCGCUCAGUUCUCACGAUACGCAACACAACAGCCUUUCCACUUCAACUGUGCCAAUGUAUUCUGCGCCUUCCUGGUAUCAUUCGUCAGUAUACGUCGCCAGUGGUUCCAUUGACGUCUCUGCCAAUCACCGCUCAGCCUGUCAUAGUUAUGCAGCCGAGGCCAAAUAUGGUGGUCAGCAGCAGUGUAACGGUGUCAUGUGACUAUGAUCGGCAGUUAGUGCUGACGUAUGCAUUCAUGUACUCACAGUCCAUGCACUGGAGUGUUGUAAAUACCACCGGGUCGUCCAGCCGAAUAUCCCACAAUGCAACGACUGCCUCUGAAGUGUUUGCCGGCAGGCUCCUGUCCAGUUGGAGCUGGAACGCUUCUACUCUCGUCAUCACGGACUUGAUCGUAUUCGAUAGCCAUACGUUCACCUGCGCUAUUUCGUUCGGGCCUGAUGGAUACCUAAUAAGAUCAGCAAGUAUCGAUCUGACCGUGGUGGAGCAACCAACAUCACCGAUACAAGUCAACCUGUCGCAGGAUGCAGUCAAUGAGAAGGAGAAUGUCACCAUUAUCUGUACAGUUGGUGACAGUCGGGCAGUGGGUCACAUCUGGAUAGUCUUCAACAACAUCGUGCAGGCGAACUUCUUGCAAACCCACAGCUGCAGUGGUGGAUUCCAGCAAAACACCACAGCUAUCUGGCUAACAGUGGAGGAUCUGAAGCGUGCAGACAGCGGUCGGUAUGGUUGCUUGGUGAGCUGGUCGGGAAUAAAUACAAACACCUCGACACCGAGCGUGGAGCUGCUGGUACGGCCACUGGGACCCAUUCCGGUUGAUUUCUUCAUGGUCAUUGAUGAUAACAGUGCUGUGGUGACGGACAAUGAUUUCCUGUACACGCAGUACUUACUUACACACCUAGUGCAGCAACUUAAGCCACCCAUUGAAGACCCUGAGGCAGGAAGCCGUGCUGCUUUAGCACGUUGUGGUAGCACAGUGCAGGUUGAGUACCGGUUGGACACCCACUCCACACUCUACAUGACACAGGUGGGCAUUGGCAACAUGGUGCGUCGAAAAGGACAGACCGCGUGCAACAUGUCCGCUGUGCUGGAGCUGGCACGACUGGACAUAUUCUCAGCAUCGCUUUCUAGUCGCAUGGUGGUACUGCUGAUUUCCACGGGCUUCUUCAGGACUGGUGAGACGCACGAGAUGCGCACAAAGCUUGCCCUGCAGUUGACACGAAUGGGAGCGGAGGUUUAUGCCAUUGAUUCGGGUACAUAUGAUGUGCCUUCUCCGUUACUGGAUAUCGUCAGCAUUCCCAGUGCUAGCUACUACCUAAUCUCCAAUGGCUAUGGUCAGCUAUUGGCUCUGGCACGAGUAUGUGAGAGAACUCUCAACCGAGAAUCACCCUGGUUGCCUUGGAGUGACUGGUCGUUCUGUACUGCUACGUGCGGCGGUGGCAAACGACUGAGAAUGAGAGCGUGCAGCUCAGCCCAGAUGCCAGAACUCUGCAGUGGUCCUUCCAUCGAGUCAGAAGCAUGCGCAACAGAUGCUUGCCCAGUGAAGCUGUCAUCCUCGGGUACAAUCAUUGCUCCAGUGGACAUGGUACUGCUGUGGGACGUGACGUCGAUCGAAAGCUCCUUUAGCACAUCACAGAUACAACUCUACAUGCAGUAUGUGAUCACCAGGAUCUACCCAAAGAUUAGCGUUGGCGGCAGCAGGAUCGCGUUGGUCGCCUGCGGCGGCAGCGCAGAGCUAGUGUUUGGCUUCUCCCAGUACUCUGAGCCACAGGGUCUGAUCAAUGCUAUCAACGCGUAUACACCGCCCAGUGUAACUGCAUCGGUCACCAAGCUGAGCGCUGCAUUGCAGCUUAUCAUCAACACCCUUUACAGCAACACUACUGCCAUUCGACAGCGGUCUGUGCUACUACUCAGCCAGGGUCUGCCCUUGGACGAUGAAGCUGCAGCCAUUGCUGCGUGUAUCACACUGCGCAAGAACAGAAUCAGCAUCCUGGGAAUCGGCCUGCCGUGUCCGGGAAGUGAUUUUGGCUACCUGUACUCCAUGGUGAACCAGCCAGCGACGUCGUACACCAGUGUAGUGGAAACGUUUACUCAGCUAGAGAGGAAGGUAACCACUGUCACCAAUGUCCUCAAGGAUCAAGUUGUGGGUUGGCUGCCCUGGAGCAAGUGGUCAUCAUGUUCACUAACCUGUGGCACUGGACAGAGAUGGAGAUGGAGAGUGUGUAAAGAUAACACCACAGAGAUGUGCCUUGGCAGCAACUCCGGCUCAAGCAGCUGCUACAUGGCCACUUGUCCAACUCCACCUCCACCGCCAAGGCCAGUACGCCUGUACAUCAUGAUUAGCUGCUGGAUGAUGCGUACCUCUGUUGGCCUGUACCGCAUCAAAUACAUGGUGCGUCAACUGAUCACAUCAUUGCAAGGCACUGCCGGGCAGGUCGGAUGUCAAAUCUACAUAUUGGAAUAUGGGACACGGGUCAGGUAUGUCCUCAAUGUAGCCCAUCACCACAACUGGACGCUCAGCAGUGCUCUGGAUGCGGUGGAGAGCCUCUCCUUCACCGACAUGGGCUACGGAAAUGUCACGCUGGCACUGCAGACAGCGCAGCAGGAGCUGCUGGGAAACUUCAGCGCCGAUCAAGCUUCGACUGGUGCCAGCGGCUCGCCAAUGUUUGUGUUCCUCGCCAGUGACACCACCGACACUAUAAACCAAGCAUCAUUGCAGUAUUCCAGUAUGCUCAAGUAUGCCGGAGCCACCAUUUUGACAAUGUCUGACCAGGCCUCGGUGUCCACGACUGGCAGCUACAAUAGUUUAAUUGCCAGCAUAGGCAGCAGUCCUUCGUCGCAGUAUGCCAUCAAAACACAAACCAGCACAAGCAGCACAAGCAGCACAAGUACAACUACGAGUACAUCUACGUUGUCGGUGCAAAGCCAGUUGGAGCUGGAGAGUACGUGUAGUCUCCUACAGCAAGAGGUCCAUAUGUCACAAGUUGUUGGUUGGGGCAACUGGGGUGAGUGGCAACCGUGCUCACUGCCCUGCGGUGAUGCCGGCACACAGUGGAGAAGUCGCCAUUGCCCCAGCUCUAACACCACCGGAAGCUGCACGGGAACAAGCACAGAACGCAGGAGCUGCAACAAUUUCACAUGCGAUACGUCUUCGACUGAUGGCAGUGAACCACUGACCGUUCAACUGGCUGUGGACAUCACAACAAUCAGCACUCAAUACACGUACUACCAGUUCACCGUGUUUGUGAAGAGGUUCAUCAGCAGCAUGCAGCCGCCGAUUAGCGCCGUGGGAAGUCGACUGGUGCUGCUGUUCUACAGCUCCUAUGCCUACUGGGUGUACGAUACGGCCACUCUGCAGUUUCCAUCCGUGGCAACGGCACUGGCUGCUGUUGACCUGCUCUCCGCUCCCAAUGCUAGCACUGUGGCAACAUCGUACAGUAACCUCACUGCCAUGCUAGAAACCGUUUUGAUGAAGAACACAUCUGCGGCUACUGGAGCAACAGCAAGCUCCCAGCCUGCUGGUCAACAGUCGUUGAUGAUCAUGUGUGGCGCUUCAUCUGGGCUCACAAGAGAAGACGUGUCUCUAGCCAAUGCACUGAAAAAUGAAUCUGUGGGAAUAAGCACACUGCAAGUGGGCCCAACAGCUGGACAACAAGAACAAACUGGGAGCAGCACCGAGGAAGAAGAAGAAGACCUGGGAUUCAGUAUUGUCAGUGAACCAUCUUCCACUCACAACUACAUCGUACAGGACUCUGCAGAGUUGACUUCAUUGGCGGCAGUCAUCAGCCAACAGGCUCAGCAAGAUGCGAAAACCACCAGUUGGUCAGAAUGGUCACCGUGUUCAGCAACAUGUGGCGAGGGAUCGCAGUGGCGCCAACUACGAUGCAGACAUGCUGGGUCCUUUUCAGCCUGUGAAAGCCCAGAGCUGGAGAAUAAAAUGUGCAGCUCGGGUGUGACCUGUCCAGCGCCUAAACCAACAUAUCUGCCCUCAAGACUUGUCGUUCUUGUUCCUGGUAGCAACAUCUCUGAUGACUUUGAGUCGACCAAGACAUUCAUCAAGUCCAUGAUUCAGCAGCAAGACCCACCAGUGGGUGUCAACGGCAGUGAAACAAUUGUGCUAGCUUACGGUACAGAGCACGUCACUAUCCUGUAUAACUCCACAGUGCACAGCCAUCCCAGUGUGGGUACUGCCAUGGCUGACAUCUCAGUAUUCGAUCACAGCUCCGUUGAGGUCGUGGAGAAUGGAGUGGGCAUUGCGGCGUGUUUCCAAUACCUUCAAAGUAACCUUCAGCUGAGCCAGACGGCCAAAGUUAGCACUGGAACACCACUAAGUACUGGCGUGCAAAACAACCUUGUCCUAGUUGCCAGCUCUGUUACUCAAGUCUCGGAAAGUGCUGAACAACAGGCCAUGCAAAUGGCUGCAGCAAGCCUAAAGACAGCCGGAAUGACGCUGGCAGUCGUUGCCGUAGAGAGUGAAAAUGCGGCUUCCAGUGCUGCAGUGCAAGAGCAGGAAAGUGCGGGUGUAUCACAGCUCCUGAGCUUGGCAAGUCAGCCGCAAGAGACGUACGCCUUCUCCUGUAGCGGCUUGCGGAGGACGAUUGGUCUGACUGCUCAAGUGUCAACAAGUAUUCGCUCAGAGUAUGGCUGGGCUGCAUGGCAGGAGUGGUCAGCUUGCUCGUCCUCGUGCAGUGGUCACCGCUGGCGUGUGCGUCAGUGCUACUCCGACACUGCGAGCAGCAGCAGCUGUGCUGGUGAUAGUGUGCAGGAGGAAUCGUGCUACACAGCCAGCAGUGCGAGCGCUUGUCAGACUACUGCCGUGACGUAUCGACGUGUGAGGCUGGUGUUCAUUAUCAACGUACGCAUCCUGUGGUACUUCAGUUAUGCGCAGCGCGUGCGUCAGUUUAUUUCCGACUCCAUCACGAGUGCUGUGCAACAGCAAACCGACUUCUCUGCUUGCACAGUGGUGGUAGCCCUGUAUGGUGACAGUGUAGAAACGGUCGUGGAUACCCGACACAUCCAGCAGCAGCAGCAACAUCAGCAACAGCAGCAACAUUCCCUCGGCCUGCAACAGGUACUUCAACUUGUCCAGACCAAUGUCAGUUACAGGGACCUGGGCACUGGGAAUCUGAAUGGAGCCUUGUCGUACGCUGAAGCAGUACAGAUUUCAACUGAUGCGAGCACCGUGACAAGCAGCGCUACCGUCACAAGCACCACCGAGACGUCAUUCAGUAGCUCGUCGCUUGUUAUCAUGACUCCGCCUGAGGAGACCGAAAUUACUGGCCAGGCUUUACUGAUCGCUGAGCAGAUCAAACUCAACGGAACCGGCAUAUACCCUGUAGUCCUGCCUGUAAGUACUGACAGUAGAAGCAGCCGCAAUGAUAGCACCAGCAAUGAUAGCACCAGCAGCAGCACCACCACCACCAGUAGUAGCACUACUGCAGUCAGUCUGCAAGGCCUCCGUGCCAUUGCAACCGAGCCGGUGGAAGCUAACCUGUUCGUGUGCUCCGGUUAUACGGACCUCGUGGGUGUGACGGACACACUCAAGCUGCAGAUCAAGAAAUCUGAAAUCUCUUCGAAUUGGACUGAAUGGUCAUCCUGGUCUACCUGCUCUGCUGCAACAUGUGGUAUUGGUACCCGCUGGCGUACACGUAGAUGCAAGAUGUCGCCAGAACUGUGCAGUGGCAAUACAACAGAUGUGGCGGAGUGCUCGCAAAGGCCUUGCACCGAAGAGGAUGAGAUAGUCAUACCUGGUACUACGUACCAAUCCAAUCUUGUAUUCUUGCUGGACUCGUCCUCUAACACCAGCAACGAGACGUUCAGGGAUUCCGUCCGAUUCGUGCAGAAGGUCCUAGCCAACCAACCCGUGUCGGUGGAACAGGGCAGCUACGUCUCGGUCAUGCUAUGCGGGCAAACAACUACACAAGCCAUAUCAGCUACAGCGGCCGCUCAAUAUUCUUAUUCCAGAAAUUACACUUCGACAUCGUCAUCGUCGUCGUCGUCGUCGUCAUCAGUAAGUGCAGUACUGACAACACAGGCAGUCCUGGCUGAGCUAGAGCAGCUCGUGUAUGUAGACAUGGGUCCACUUAACAUCAACUUGGCAUUACAAGCAGCUGCCGAGGUGGUGAGCAAUGCCACGAGAGCGACAGUGAACGCUAGUGAUGUACACAGCCUGCCCAUCACCUCUGAGCUCCUUACUGUACUGACAAGUCCAAUCGAGAUCGAUGCCAACGUUGUGACAAGUGCUGCCAUGGUUCAGCAACUUGGGAUCAAUAUGUAUGCUGUCAGCACGGAAGCUGAUACGUCUCCUGCCACUCUUGCUGCCAUCUCCAGUCAGCCAGUGUCCUCACACUCGUAUAUCUGCAACGGAUCUGGGCAGCUAUCGUCAGUUGCUGCCACCAUCGACACGGUGAUAACUCCAGGGUGGCUGCCAUGGUCAGAUUGGUCCCAGUGCUCGCAGACGUGCAGUGUUGGUAUUCGCUGGAGGCAGCGUCACUGUGGCAGCAAUGCCACGGGUGUUUGCCAUUCGUUGGUCGACACGUACAGUGAAGAGUGUAUGCAGCAAGCAUGCCAGACCACUGGCAAGGACCUGCCCGCUGACAUCAUGGUGCUGGUGGGCUGUGGCAAUGGGUAUGAGUUUGAAGGCAUCAAGAAAGUCGCCAGCAAUCUAGUGUCCACUCUCACGGUAGGUGAGAACAAGACAUCGCUGACCGUUGUACAGUACGGCAGCACGACGAAGACCAUUGUCAGCAGCUCACAGCUUACAACCUAUACAGAUGUGUCCAGCAUUGUGCAGACCAUUCAGCAGCAGAACUUCUCCACUUUGGGCACGGUGAAUAUGUCGGCAGUGCUCGAAGCAUCUGAUGUCAUGUCCUUCCUCAAUAACCACUCAUCCUCGAGCAGUAUUGUCAGAGAGAUUUCGGUAACAUCAACGCCUGCCAGUAUUGUAGUCAUAUCGUCAGAGAACUACACUCAAAUCGAUCCAGAGGACAUUGAAAUCUUCAAGCAGUUGACACAAGGGGUAACUGUCAAUCCUGUUGUCGUGUAUAACUCUACAAACUCAUCAGUGCUAACCCAAACAACUAGCAUAACUGCCAUCGCCACUGAACCAAUAGAAGAGAACAUCUUCUUCACUGAUUUGGGAGGAGGAGAGGUCGGAACAUCGGAGGCGAACAUUGUCCUCGCAAUCCAGAAUAAGCUGUAUCCAGAAACGGGAUGGAGCAACUGGACAAAGUGGUCUGAGUGCUCAAAGUCCUGCGACAGUGGGCUUCAGUGGCGCAAACGAGGCUGCCUGUGGCCGCUGCUUGGCUGCUCCGGAUCCUCCAGUGAAACUAGAGCGUGUCAGCAUGUUGCCUGUGCUCGAGCUGGAAAUUACACGAGUGGGCAGAUAUCCAAGGGAAACGUCACUGAUUACAUCAUCAUAUGUGUUGAGGCACCUGUGGUGACAUCAUCACAUUCCAUGCAGUUCUUCAGCGAGACGAAAGAGCUGAUCAUUGACCUGCUACAGCUACCUAGAAACGACUCUGCCCUGCUGCAGGCUAGCGUGGGGCAGAACAUCAGCAAUGUCAUUAUCAACAUGUACAACUCCACUACGACAGUAAACAUUCUUGACACCACCGUGCUGAAUUCCAGUACGACCACCACCAGUGUGGUCCAGUUCAAGCAGUCGAUCGACGCCCUCUUCUCCGCCACCCAGUACGCAAAUUUCAGUUCAACAACGACAUAUACAAGUACAUCGGAGGUUAGCACAAGUAUCAGUGCAUUGCCCAUUCUUCAAGCAGCCCAGCAACAGUUGCAUGCCCUGUACUACACAUCUGGUGCGAUUGUGAGCAACGUGACACAGCCAGCCUGUAUGCUGCUGACAUACAGCGGGCUAAACGUUAGCACUGCCGACGUGGAACUGAGUGCAAGUCUGCAGGCGCAGAGCGAGGUGUUUGUCGUCGCUGCUGCCAAUGCCAGUGCAGACCUCGCUGCAAUGGCACAGCUGACGUCCGAUCCCUCUGCUUCUGUGUACAUUGUAGAAACGGCCAGUGACCUGGCAUCUAUAGGCCCAGUAGUGCAGCAAGCUAUUGUGUCAGAAUGGAAUGUGUGGAGCAGUUGGUUCUCAUGUUCGGUGUCUUGCGGUGGUGGUGUUCAAGUACGACUGCGUACAUGCAAGCAGCCAGGCCUCUGUGACGGAGAAGAUGUUGAGGAGCGGAUGUGUGGCAAUCAGACUUGCUCCGUGGUCACAGGUGUGCACAAUCAAGUGAUUCCGUUGAUCAAUCUGGCAACCACACCUCAAGUGUUCAUAGAGCAGAGGCAAGCCUGUGCGCAGAUGAUCUCAACACUGACUAUCAGCACACAACAGGCCAGUGAGGUAGUUGUGGUGGGAUUCGCCGGGGAGGCCAACAUCAUCUUCAACUCCAGCCAAUUUGAAUCGUCUCUGUCCAGCUUGCCGAUCAUGCUGACAUCAUUCGAGAUUGCCUGCAAUGCCAGUUAUGAACAAGCGGUGUUUCAGCAUCAGAGCCAUUCACAAGCUGAGUACAACACCUCUGCACCGGUUGGUUCAUCGCACGCAAACAGCAGUGACCAUAGUGUGAAUGCCACCAACACUGGCCAGCCGAUGACAGCCAACAUCAGCGCUGCAUUGGAGCUAGUGAAGACUAUUGCUAGCCAGGUGCAUAUAGGCAUAUCUACUGUCAGUACAGAGUACCAUCCACUGGUAACAGCUGUUACUGGGUCCACAGGCAGCCCAGGCACAAGCAGUGCUAGUGCAACUACAGCGUCACAACCAGGAUCAGCAAACAGUGCUAGUGCAACUACAGCGUCACAACCAGGAUCAGCAAGCAGUGCUAGUGCAACUACAGCAUCACAACCAGGAUCAGCAAGCACUGGAGCUGCGUUUGCCACAUCAACAUCUUCUGGUGGCCCAACGUCUAGCAGUUCACCACUUUCCAGCAGUUACCCAUCUACCAGUAGCUCAACGAGUGAAGUACCUACAUCUUGGUCAACUUUCCUUACAUCUCAGCCAACAUCACCUGUUUCUCCAACAUCCUCGGUUGCGAGUGCCUCCGGAUCGACAUUGUCAUCAUCAUCACAGACCAGCCCUGCUGAGGGUACAGCUUCUGGAAGUUCCACACCGGCAGAUCAAUCAGCAUCAGCAUUGUCAUCCACAACUAGUGGCAGCACAACAGAAUCAAGCCCGGGAUAUACUUCUGGAUAUCAGUCAAUAUCUCAGUCAUCAGUUCCUACAGGAGUGUCGGGCUCGACUCAAUCUGCCAAUGCGGAGACAUCGCAAACGAGCAUACCUACCGCUUCAACAAUGAGCACUCCAACUACGUCCAACCUGGAGACCAUAAUAACAUCCGCAUUGUUUCUUGACCUGUCGCAGAAUGUCGACAUAACUGAUCAAGACAGUCAACUUGCGGCCGUACUGCAGCAGGCUAAUAUAGAGUUAUCCGCUGUCACGCUGACUGCCACGACAUCAACGUCGACAUCAUCCGAGCCCGUCGUGUCCACCGGGGCACUGAACAUAGUCAGCCAGCCAACGUCCUCACAUCUUGUUGUCACUCACACUAUCAACUCUGCCGUCACUCAGCUGCAAGCAAACUUUGUUCCAAGAGAGAGUGGUUGGAAGCAGUGGACCUCCUGGUCCACCUGCUCUCAAAGUUGUGGUGGUGGCAGUCGCUACAGAUCUCGCACUUGUGAUUAUCCACUGCUGGGUUGUAUUGGUGAAUACCAGGAAAUGGGAGAGUGCAACAUGGCUGCCUGCCAGCUGCUCCAAGGGCCGUCUUCGAUUGUCAAGCAUGUUCUGAUACUGCUCGACUACACCGUAUUUACAAUGUGGCACCAGUUCAUCACUUACCUGCAGCGCUUGGUUAUCUCAGUUCAGCCACCGAUUGGACAAGCUGGCAGCACUUGCAAGAUUGUAAUUCAGGACCUGUACGGCUUUCAUACACUGCUCGACAGCAGUAUGAUAUCAUACAUCACCACUCAAACACUGAUCAGCAUGAUUUCCAGCUUGUCAGUGGAGACGGGGGUGUCCGCCAUCUUCAAUCAAAGUGGGACGGUGCAGAGCGCACUGCAGUAUGCCAGCGAACACUUCACCACUGUGGAGACAAUUCACGCAAGCUCGGUGCAGCACACCAGCUUUAGCUUGUCAAGUACACAGGUUGCAAACUACUCACAGUCCAAGUCGGUACUCGUGCUUUUCAAUGACAAUGAGGAAAUCAAUGAGACUGAUGUGAUCCUGGCACAAGAAUUGAAGCAGAACAACACUGUCAUCUACACUAUGGGCACUGGCUCCACCGAGCAGAUAGAAGAAUUCAAGGCAUUGGCGUCUUCUCCAACCUCGUCGUUUGCGUACCUAUGUGGUGGCGGUGGUGAGGUUGACACAGCACAGUUUGCUGUCUUGCAAGAAGCAGUGUUGAGCGGAGGUUGGUCUCUGUGGAGUAAGUGGUCUCCGUGUUCAGUGACGUGCGGCGCCGGUGUUGAAUGGCGCGACCGCCAAUGCCUGGAUAACUCCACGGGAGCGUGUGCGGGGCAGGGAGAAGAGACCAGAGUGUGCAGUCAAGCACAGUGCUACGAUAAUUCAUCACUGCCCCAGUUUGUCACUGUGGCCAUAGACUGUGGCUCAAAGAUCUCCGAAGCAGAAUUCCAGGAGCAGAUUAGCUUUGCCAAGGACGUUGUUACCAACUUGAAUGUUCCUGUUGACGGGACGAGUGGCAGCCGCGUGGUGGUGAUGACGUAUGGCAGCACUACUGAGCUAGUGGUGGAUACAGCUCAUAUGGAGCAAGCUACUACUGCGUCGUGUCUCAGUGCUAUCAACCUGGUGGAGCAUAUAAACAUGGGUAGAACUGACCUAAGCAGUGUGCUGAGUCAGGCUGUCAACAUCCUGCCUGUGACCGUAGCACCGGCCAGUGAAGCAUUCACCACUGUCAGCAGCAGCAGCAGCAUGUACACGACCAACAUGGCAUUUACUAACGAGGCAAAUGGUACAGGCACCUCCACCAUGGCAUACACGUCUUCACCCGAUUUCAGCCCGUACAUGUCAUCGAGCACGGUAGUGACUAGCACCGGUGCACCAAGGACUACCAUAGCUACCUACUCACCCACCCAGCCAGCUGCUAGCACUAGCCCAGUCAGCAAUAGCGCUAUGGGUAGUACAUCGCAACCCUACACAUUCAGCACUGGCUCUGCGUGGACAACAGGUCAGGCAACGGCCACUGCUACUCCCAGCCCCAGUGUCUACCCUGUAUACGAACAGCCUGUGCUGAUCACACUGGCUGGUACAGACACACAGGUCUCUGCUGCCACUCUACAAGCAGCCUCGCUGGUACAGCAGAGCGGAUUUCACAUCACUAGCAUCGCCUGUGGUGCUGUUCAACCUGCUAACCUUCUGACAUUUGGUGAGGGUCAGACAGCUCCGGCAGUGCUUGCCAUUGCAAGUCAACCGGUCACGGACAAUGGAAAGGUACUCCACUCGUUCACUGAGCUAAAGGUUGUAGCAGCAUCACUGAACAUCUCAGCAAAAAUCGGCUGGGGAGAGUGGGGAGCGUGGACAGUGUGCUCCACGACGUGUGGAAAUGGUACACGUUGGCACAAGAGACUCUGCUACGGCAAUGAGCCAGACCGAUGCAGCGGCGAUGCACUGGAGAUAGAGACCUGUAGUCUGGUAGCAUGCGUACCAGACCCACCACCUCCACCCGUGUACAUACCAGCUCGGGUGGUAGUGGCUGUGGACGUGCACAACGACACCGGGGACUUUGCCAACACGCUGGCCUUUGUCAAGCAGCUGGUCAUCAAUCAGGACCCGCCAGUCGGUGCUAAUGGAAGUGAGAUGAUUGUCCUGGCUGCCAACACGGAGAAUAUCACCGUGCUGUUCAACUCCUCCGCACUGGACAUUGCUAACGUACCACUAUCCUUGCAGGCGCUGUCAGAAAUUCAACUUUCCGCUAUUGGCCAGACCGAAACGUCGGCCAGCCUAGAGCCAUGCCUUGGGUACAUCAACGAAAUAAUCAUGCAGAACAGUUCGUACACUGUGGCCAGAGGGAGCGUGGAGGUUGCCUUGGCAACAACGAUGCAAACAAGUGCUGUCCUGGCGGUAUCCGGCACCACAGCAAUCACAACUGGUGCUGUGGCGAUUGCUGAAGCAUUGAAAAUGACCGGUGUUGGAAUAGUGACAGUGGCUGUUGAUGUGGACUCCACACAGGCUGCAAGUCUGAAGCAGAUCGCUAGCUACCCAACAGCCAGCCAUGCGUUCUCCUGCCAGGGAACAGGAGAGUUGGACACUGUUGUGAAGUCGGUCUCUGCCCAACUGGAGAGCGUGUACGGCUGGACAGACUGGGAAGAGUGGUCGGUGUGCUCAUCAGCCUGCUAUGGCAGCAGGUGGCGAGUGCGAAAGUGCUCGUCCAACGCCACGGGCCUGUGCGUCGGUAAAGCAUUGCAGGUGGAGGCAUGCAACAGGACGGGACAGUCGCACUGUUCCCAAAGCAGUGCUGCUAGUGGUGGAUAUGGCACGGGUAGUUUGGAUCUGGUGAUGAUGGUGGAGGCAUCAACGCUUAUGGAGACGAGCCAGGCACAAGUUGUACAGCAGUUUGUGACGGACUCGUUGGCUGCUUCUCUGACGACAGUGCAGUCAGUGGCCGAGUGCAAUGUGGUGGUGGCCAUGUACGGCAGCGCCGUCAACGUGGUGGUCGACAGCCGUGGCAUGACGCAGGCAACACUUCCAGCUCUGGUCGAACAGGUUCAGCGCAAUCUGUCCUACCGUGACCUGGGAGUGACAAACAUGACGGAGGUGUUCUCGUUCGCACUGAACUACACCAGUUCGAGCAGCAACAUCACUAUCUCAAGAAAUAGCUCGUCUGUACCGUCAUCCAUGGUAAUGCUGACUGGACCCUCUGCCGUACUGGAGAUAACAAACGAGGCUGUCACUAAAGCGAACGAACUCAAAGCCAACCACAACACUCUUCUCCCAGUUCUGAUCUCAAGCGGAGUGGAGGUGGGAUCAGUGACGGAGAGCCUGCAGACAAUUGCCAGUUCGCCGUCGGAGGCCAACUUGUUUGUGUGCUCCCAGUACACAGAGCUGUUGAGUGUUCCUUCGCUGAUUCAGGCACAGGUGACUAUUGAUCAUACGACAUGGUCAGCCUGGAGUAGCUGGUCACGAUGCUCAGUCAACUGUGGAACUGGCCAACAAUGGAGAGCCCGCCAGUGUCAGCUGAAUGCGCCAGAGCAGUGUGCUGGAAACUCCAGCCAAACUAGAUCAUGCACAGUGGUGAAUGUAUGCCAGGAUGAUGGGACGGCAGGCCUAGGACAGACUACCUAUCAGUCCAGUAUGGUGUUCUUGAUCGAGUCAAGUGCCAGUACAACUGUGGAGACGUUCACGGAAACCGUCAAUCUCAUCCAGGACGUAGUCAGUCGACAGCCAGUGCUGGUUGAAAGCGGCAGUCAGAUGUCGGUGGUGCUGUGCGGAAGCUCAGUGGUCAACGCCAUUACGACCGUUAACAUCUCCAAUGCAUCGCACCAAAGCAGUAAUGUUGCGGAGCAUUCGUUCAACACCACCGGUAUUGCAGUCCAGACAACACAAGAAUUCCUCAUGCAAUUGAACCAGCUGCAGCCUCUUAAUCUGGGCCCACUAAACCUCACCCUGGCCAUUACAGCAGCCGAGCAGCUGGUGGCUGAGUACAGCGUCACAUCAGCUGAGAUUAGGGCAAACGAGUCCGCAUCCGUGAAUGCCAGCGCUGUUUCGCUUGCCGCAAGCCAGCUGGAUGUCUUCACCAUGAUCUCCAGCAGUGUGAGCACAGUAGAAGAGGCAGUCAUCACAAGCGCUGCCACCAUACAGCAGCAGUACAGUGCUAACAUGUUUGCUAUCAGUAGCAACAUGUCAACACCACCAGCCACACUGGCAACGAUAUGCAGUCAACCAGCUACUUCUUACAGCUACAUCAGCAGUGGAGCAAGCAGCCUAGUGCAGGCUGCCACAAUAAUACAGGAAGCCAUUACACCAGGUUAUCUACCUUGGCAGGAGUGGACACCAUGCUCACAAUCCUGUCAGAGCAGCAGCAGCAGCAGUGGUGGUAGUGGUGCGGCGGCUGGUGUACAGUGGAGACGCAGAUACUGCGCUAGCAACAGCACGGGCAUGUGUGCGAGUGAAACGCAGCGAGAGAGCCGGUCCUGUGGUGCCACUGCCUGUCAGUUAACCGGGACGGACGCAGCUGUUGGCGUCAUGAUCCUUCUCGACGCGGGCAAUGCUCAGACAUUCGAGGCAGAGAAGGCUCUAGCGGCAAACAUCAUCUCCACCAUGACCGUCGGCGAGAACAAGACAUCAGUCAGCGUGGUUAUGUAUGGCAACACAACGCAGACAUUGAUUGAUAACACACAGGUGACGUCGUACGGCCAGCUCAACUCUCUGCUCACUACUGUGUCUACGUGUAGCUACCCGAGCCUGGGAUCUGGCAGCCUUGAGCUGGUGUUGGGUGCUACUCAGGUGCAGGAGUUUGUCACCAACCACACAUCAGUCACAUCGUCAGUGCAUACCGUGCAGGACUCUAGCCAGGCGCUAGAACAGGCCAAUCUCAUUGUGUUGGCAUCCUCCACAACCCAGAUAGAGAGCCAUUCUGCUGAAUUAGCCCAAUCUCUCACUAGUCACUCAGGCGUGUCUGUGACCACUAGUUAUUUUAGUGCUGUUAGCAACGCAUCAACAAUUGAAACAUCAGCGGCCGCAUUGCUUGCAAAUCACCUGGGUGAGAGUAAUGUGUAUGUGAUCAGUUCAACCACGAACUUUACACAGGAAGAACAGGAGCUGGUGACGGUGGCUGUCGGUAUGCAAUCACAACUCUACCCUGCUACUGGCUGGAGUCACUGGACAAAGUGGUCGGAGUGCUCCAAGCCUUGCAACCAGGGCUUGCAAUGGCGUCAGCGCACCUGUUUGCACUCAUUGCUUGGCUGUGACGGCUCCUCCAGUGAAGUGCAGCAUUGCAAUAAUCACACGUGCAACACCACUAGUGCGGGUGUGGAUGUCUCCGGUCAGAAUGCGUCGGUUGGGUACGCUAUAUUCAGCAUAGAAGCACCGGCUACACACACAGCAGUGGCAGCAUCAUCUCUAGAAAUUGAGUUCUUGCAGCAGUCCACUGCAUUAGUUACGGAAUACCUACAUAUCGACUCGUUGCCUGCGCACAGCCUAGUGGAGAAUGUCAUCGUGAAUGUCUUCACCUCUACUCGCACACUGACAGCCAUCGACACAACAAACUAUACAGGCCAAGCAAUGACCGUGGAGACGUUCUCUGCGGCCAUUUCCAAUCUGACCAAUGUCACGUGGUUGGAAGCGCUGAGUGAAACACACAGCAGCACAGGCAGCAGUGGCUCUGUCAGCAUAUCAUCUGUGCUCUCGAGUGUGCAAACACAACUAAACACAUUCGCUGCUGCAACAGUAACCAGUACAGGUGUAACACCUGGUGAUGUCAGCUAUGGUACGUCCAGCAGCAACAGCAGCAGCACUCUCUCGCACGCCCCAUCCUGUCUUCUUCUAGCGCACAGUGUCAUCAAUGUCAGCUCAGUGGACCAGACACUUGCCCAGUCCAUACAGAACACCAGUGAACUGUUCGUUGUCACCACGCAAGCAGCACUGACCGCCAGUCAAGAAGUUCUCACAUUGACGCAGCACCAGCUGCAGCAGCAACAGGCCAGUAGCCAUGUGUACGUGGUGCAGAAUGUGUCGCAACUGUCCAGCACUUCACAAGUCAUACUCGGUGUUUACACAUCUGACUGGAACCCGUGGAGCGGCUGGUUGACAUGCUCUGCCACCUGCGGCGGUGGACACCAGAUGCGCGUCCGCACAUGCAAGCAGCACACAGCUGCACCGUGCACCGGUAGCAGCUCUGAAACACGCUCGUGCGGCACAGGCACUUGCGUCCAACCUGUGCAAACGCAAGUGAUAACAGUGUUAGAUGUGACCUGCCAGCAAGGCGGGCAAUGUCAGCAAGAACAGCAGGCUGCCAUUAACCUAGUAAGCGUGACAGCAUCGACGGCCGAAGUCAUAGUUGUCGGGUACGCUGCAGAAGCAAACAUUCUGCUCAACUCGUCGCAAUUCACCCAAGCUGCAUCACUGACCAGCUUGCCAGCAAUGCUAGCACAUUUGGAGCAAUCUCUAGGUGCAGUACACAGUAAUGUGACGGGCACAUACAACUCUACUACGUCAGUGACCUCCAGCAGCUCUGGGAAUAUAACUGCGGCACUAGCUUUCAUCCAGUCCAUUGUGCAUGACACGGCCACAUCUGCUGCCGCUGCAGCCAAUAUGAACUCUCCAACUCCUGCUGCAGCCACCGCCAGCAGCCCUGCAGCGAGUACGGCCCAGCCAGACACAACAUCGUCGUCAUCGGCAGCUUCACAGGCUCCACCUGAACCUUCACUUUCCACCGGAACAGCGUCAUCUAGCUUACACUCAUCUACAGCUGUGCACACAUCAUCGUCGGUAUCAGCGGCAGCUUUCUCGUCAACUGCACCCGUGCCAUUAUCAACAGUGUCCCACUCGCAGUCAGCAUCGACUCACUCUUCUACUAUUUCAUCAUCUUCAUCACCAUUGCAGGCUACAACCUCAUCGUCUACAGUGUCACAGGCAGUAUCGAGCCCAGAGCCAACCUCCUCAUCACAGGCAGUAUCAAGCCCAGAGCCAACCUCCUCAUCACAGUCCAUCACCUCAACGCCAGCGGUCUCUAGUCCGUAUUCCAGUUCAUCAGUACCUUCAUCCGCCACGGAUACUACCGUAGCCUCCACAUCUUCUCUGCCAGGCAGUUCUCCAGUAUCUGCAUCAUCAUUGGCUUCACCGAUCUCGUCUACGUUGAUAGCAACGUCGUGGACAGCACAGGCAUCAUCUAGUUCACUGCCAGCAGAUACAGCAUCAACUGGGACUGGGACUGAGACUGGGACUGGGACAAGUGAAGCACCAUCAACAUCAACAUCAUCAUCCAGUUCUGUACAAACAUCCUCAAUGACACCGGGCCCUCCUGCUAGUACUGGCAGUUCAACGGGUACGGGGGUAACACCCGUAUCGUCCAGUGUAGGCCAGUCUUCGGCAGAAGGAACAGGCAGUGUUGCAAUAACCACUCCAGCAGUGACUGCAGAGCAGAGCACACCGGCUGUGACCGUUACUGCGCUGCCCGUAUCAACAUCAGUUGUGUUCCUGGGAAUCACAGCUGAAAUCUCCACAGUGGAUACUGGCAUUGCUGAACAGCUGCAAGAGGCUAACAUUGAUAUCUCUGCUGUUUCACUCGUAUCAGCACCUGUCACAACAACCAUCACAAGUACCACCACAACUAGCACGGCUAUAGUUCAAACCAGCGAGGUCAUUCUGAGUCUCGUGAGCUCCCCAGCCGAGAGUCAUCUGGUCACAACGGGAAACCUUGCCAGUGCAGUAUCUGCUAUUACCCUGCAAACCAACGUUGUUGAAGAUGAGCGGGGUUGGUCAGACUGGUCAGUGUGGUCGCAAUGCACAACAACAUGCGGAGGUGGAACACAGCAAAGACAACGCACUUGCAGCCAGCCACUGCUUGGAUGCUCUGGUGCAGCACUGGAGUUCAACACAUGCAGUGUUGCCCAGUGUCCUGUUGUUGUUAGUACUUCAACUGUCCGCAAAGACCUUCUCAUAGUACUGGAUUAUACAGUGACGGCGGCGACAACAUGGAGCCAAGUCAGUGCCUAUUUGCAGAGAAUAAUAUUGAACACUGAGCCAGCCAUGGGCGUGUAUGGCAGCAGCUGCAGAAUUGUUCUCCAGAAUCAGCUUGGCGUGCAGGUGCUGAUUGAUACACGUAGUAUGGCCUACAUCACCAAUGAGAUAAUCAUCAACGCAAUCAACAACAUUCAGAUCUCAUCAGCUGUUAGCAGUACGGCUGUAUCGGCUCAAGCAGCGCUGGAAUAUUCCGCUGCUUACUUCACUGAGAUCCACAGCUUCAACAGUUCUGCAUCUGUGUCAGGCGUCUCUGUGAAUCACACAUCAACCAAACCUGUCCUGGUUGUGUUCAACGGUGGUGGCGGUGGUGAGAUCAACGAAGCUGGUCUAGCACUGGCUGCGGAUCUCAAACACAACGGUACUGUUGUAUACACGGUGUGCACGUCCAACGUUGUUCAGCAGCUGGAGGAGUUGAAGCAGGUGGCGUCAUCGCCACAGUCUGUGUAUGCACACCUGUGCGGCGAGAAUGCUGGCUGUCUAAUGCAGUUGGCCAGCCUGCAGGAAGCUGAACUGGCUGGAGGCUGGUCACUGUGGAGUGCCUGGUCGACGUGCUCGGCAUCGUGUGACCAGGGCGUGUACUGGAGAGACAGGACAUGCGUGGACAACACCACGGGUGUGUGUACCGGUGCAACGCUGGAGACAGCCAAUUGUACCCUAGCAGCAUGCAAGUCAAACACCAGCAUAGCGACAUUCAUCAACAUCGCCCUCGACUCCGGAUCGGCUGUGAGCGAAGAGAAGUUUGCGUCGCAGCUCAUCCUGGCUCAGGGUAUAGUGCGCAACCUCCAGCCACCCGUCAGUGGGCAGGAUGGUAGCCGUGUGGUGAUCACCCUGUUCGGCAACAUCUCCAAAGUCGUGCUGGACACAGCAGACAUGAUGUACCCCACAACAAGCUCAGUGCUUAGUUCCGUUUCACUACUGUCCUAUGAAGACCUGGGCACUGAGAAUCUGGACAGCGUUCUGCAGCUGGCUGCAACAUUGGGUUUGGGCGGCGGCAGCAGCAGCACCGCCAGUGCAUACCCUGCUGUGUCCACGCUGACUAGUGGUCCUGUGCAUGCAUCCACAAGCACAAGCAGCUUCGCCGCAUCCCAGGGCAUGCCAAGCUCAGGUACAUCAGACUAUUACACGGGUACUGGUAUAUCCAGGAACACAGGAACUCCAACACCAGGGAGUUCAUCCAUUACUGGUGGAGCACCAGGCACAGGUAGUGCAACAUCUCCACCUGACACUGUUAGCCAAGCUACUCCAGGCACUGACUCUGCCACAGCAUCAAGUAUGAUUGCAAACUCUGGCACUGCCGGUGCUGGAUCCACUGGCUCCAGUGCAUCAACUAGCAAUGCAAAUAGUGCAACUGCAAGUGGAACUGGUACAUUUGUUUCGGCAAUCGGAGGAACGUCCAUGUCUGCGUUCACAGAUGAGGUGACUGGCGCGCAAACAUCUCCUAUAACAGCAACUGUAUAUCCGUCCAGCACUGAAUCAAGCUCCGCUGAAAGUGUCACUGCUACCUAUUCACCAGCAUCGGCCUCACACACACACACAGGGCCGGCAGGGACGAGCACAGGCACCGGUGCCCAGCAGGGUAGCAGCUACACUAUGCCUGGGACUGCAACUACACUGGACAGCUCUAGUACUCAGGCCUAUACUGGCGCUGGUUCUGCUGGUACAGGUUCAUCUUUAAGCACUGGUUCUGCGGCUACAAGUUCACCUCCGGGCACUGGUUCUGUUGGUACAGGUUCAUCUUCGGGCGCUAUCUCCUCAACUUCAUCAGCUUACACAUCUUCAUUGGCCUCCGAGACUGGUACAAGUACCGGCAGUCCACAAGUUAGCACAGGCUCACAAGAGACGGGUGCAGAAGUGACUGGAGCUUACUCUUCAGUUACUGCAAGUUCUGGAACCAAUGCUGCAGGAACAGGUGUUGCAAGUGGUACAUCGGGAGCCUACACAACAGCCACGACAUCAGGCACAGUACCAACGACACUCCACUCUGCAACAGAAACCCCGGCAAUGCCACAGGGAACUGGCACUGCAACUGGCACCAGCACCAACACCGGCACACCAGCAGCAGCAGCAGCAGCAACAACACCGAGUGUGGCUACACCGAUCGUGCAGCAAUACGGACAACCUGUCUUGGUGGUGCUAGCCGAGGCCAGCGUGCAGACAACAGCCAAUACGGUACAGGCAGCAGUCCACUUACAGGACAGCGGCUUUUUGAUACAGUGCCUGGCUGUAGCAGGCAACACUGCCACGGAAGUCGAAGUGCAGGAUGUGCAGGCCUACAACAUUUUCGAUGUAGUGCCCCCUGUGCUAUCCAUUGCCAGUCAGCCUACUAGCCAAUUUGGCAUCACCCUACUGGAAGAGCAAAUUCUUCCUGGUGCUCAAAUGAUAGCAAGCACCAUCACUGCUUCCAUACCAUCAGAGACAGGCUGGGGUAGCUGGAGUGACUGGUCACACUGCUCAGCUACAUGUAACAAUGGAUCGUACUGGAGACAACGAACGUGCACGAGCAACUCCAACGGGGAGUGUACUGGUGAGGAUUUCCAGGUGCAGACAUGCUCCAUAGCCACUUGUGCGCCAGCUGUGCACACUAACGUACAGCCGUUGGACCUGGUCAUCUGCUUUCCGUCUCAACACAGCAUGACGGCGUACGACUUCCAGCAGUUCAAGUGGUUCUGCAUGCAAAUGAUCAGGUCACUGCAGCCAUCAGCCAGCACGGGAGGAUCGCGUGUUUCAAUCAUUCUCUAUAGUGAUGUCGCUCAGGUGAUAUUCGACUCUGCGCAGCUGAGCGACACCACACUGGCCAGCUUGCUUGCAGCCAUUGAAUCCAUAGCCUACACACCGCCUGCAAGCUCUGCAGCUGAUAGCAGUGUGGCACUGCAGUGGGCAGAGAACAGGCUUGUCACGACGCCUACAGCCGAUACGCAUCCGUGCAUGCUGUUUGCCACAGGUGAUGGGGUCACCGUGGACUCGAGUAGCGUGACGCUUGCCACCAGUUUGAAGUCGUCUCAGGUAGAGCUGUACACUCUAGCAGUUGGCUCAGCCGUAGCUACAUCUUCCCAGCUAUCACUGGCAAGCAUGGCUAGUUCUCCCGCUGCUACACAUUACUACCAAGCUGCUAGUUACUCAGCAUUGCCAGCCACGUCCACUACGUUCCAGCUGCAGAUGAUACACGAGCGUGGCUGGGGCUUCUGGAGUGUGUGGUCGUCUUGCACGGCCAGCUGUGGUGGAGGCCAGCAGUGGCGUGAGCGUACGUGUAUAUCGAACAGCGCCGGUGGCUGCCAGGGACUGAACAGAGCGAUUGGAGUCUGCAAUAACCAGACCUGUGAACCAGAGCCGGUCUCUCAGGCCAGUCAAGUCCUACUGAUGGUGGACCUGGCCAGCAGCAUGACGGCAGCGGAGUUUGCCGAGGUCAAGGUCUUCGCUCGUCAGUUCUUGAGCACACUGCAGCCAAGCCUGGGCGUGAAUGGCAGUCAGUUUGCCAUACGUGGCUAUGGUAGUGCUGGUAUAGUGUACUUGCUCAACUUCACGCAGUGCUACACGCUAGCAUCGUGCCUACCCGCCAUCGAUCAAAUGUCCUACGUAACCCUCGGCAGUAAUAGCGUGGAGGUAGCCAUGUCACAGGCUGCACUGGACUUUGCGUACCAGCAGACAGCAGCACAACAGUGGCAGGUGUCCGCACAUCAAGUGCUGGUCAUGCUGGCGAGAGGCGAGUCUCAAACAGUGAGCAGUGCGGCCACCAUGCAGGCCACUGAGCUCAAGUAUUCUGGUGUAGAGGUGAUCACGUCUGUGAUUGGCACGGCAACGGCACAAAGCUCACUGCUCACACUGGCCAGUGAGCCGCUAUCUACCCAUGCCCAUAUCAGUAGCAGCUACAGUGAAGUUAGCCAGCUGACUGUGCAGAUGCAGUCCACAUUCCACAGAGUCAUUGGCUGGCAGGAGUGGACCAGCUGGUCAACGUGUUCAGCUACCUGUGGCGGCGGCAUACAAUGGAGAUCGCGUACAUGCAGUGGCGGCGUCCCCUGCACUGGAGAGAGCACCGAGACUCAGCCAUGCUCACAAGUACUGUGCGGCUUGGCAUUGGAUGCUGCCCCGGUUGACAUGGUGAUCAUGGUGGAUUCCUAUGCCACCCAGACAACACAGCGCCUGUUCUAUCUGAAGCAGUUUCUUGUGCAGAUGAUACUGUCGCUCAAGGUGGCGAUCGGCCUGCAGGGCAGUCGCAUACAGAUCAUUCUCUUUGGCACCACCUACCGCCUGUACCUGCAGUCAUGGUCACUACAGUACGUCGACAACUACAAUGUGAUCAGCGCCAUCAACUCCAUGUCGCAGUACUCGUACGGUGCAUGUAACGUGUCACUGGCCAUGGAGCUGGCUGCAGGCGAGUACUUCACAGCGGAGAGCGGUAGUCUGUCGGCGGAACGUCGGCCAAUACUGAUGACCCUUGCUGCUCAGGACGUCACCAGCACGAGCAGUACACAGGUCUUGGCUGGCAACCUGCAGUCAUCCGGCGUGGAGAUCUUUGCCGUCAAUAUCGGCAAUGGCAACGGUGUGGCCGAACUGGCCACGCUAACUAGCCAGCCGUCAGAGAGUCACCUGUACGUGGCCUCAAGCUUCUCAGUACUCACAAGUGUCUCGUCGACGAUGGAGGCACAGCUUGAAGCUGGCUACGGAUGGGCAUCCUGGUCUGCGUGGACACCGUGCGUGCCAAGCUGUGGUUUCUUCAGCUCACGCUACCGCACUCGUCAGUGCCGACGCAACGCUCCGGCAUCGGCGUGCUCUGGCAACAGUACUGAGAAUGUGGUGUGCAAUGUCACGGAGUGCCCAACGUCAGCACCAUCUUCCAGCAGCACGCGCCUCUCUCACAUGGUUUUAGUUGUGGACAAUCAGAUGAUGCAAAGUGCCUAUUACAUGGUCUUCCUCAGGCUCUUCAUCAAGCAGGUGGUGGAGGCCAUGCGACCGCCCGUCAGCUCUUCAGGAGGCAUAUUCACACUGAUCUCAUUCACAGACCAGGCCAACGUGCUCAUUGACACUGCUACAAUGACUAAUCCGAACACACAGGCAGUGCUGGUACUAGUUGACGGCAUUCAAGCCGAUCCAUCCCCAGCUAGCAACCCAACCAAGGCACUGAACAUGUCCGAACUGCUCAUCAAGUCACAGUAUGUCAAUGGCAGUUCGGCGUACCACGCGUCCGUGAUGAUCUGCUCCAAUUCUCCACAGCCCGCCCCACAGCUGGCUAUGGACCUGUCGACUAGCAUGAUCAGUGACGGAGUUGACGUGUUUGGCGUUGCGCUGGGCGGUGAUACAGUUUCACCAAUGCUACUCAGCCUCUCCAAGCAACCGGCAAGUCAGUUCAUGAUGGCCGUCUCUGAUGCCUCACAAGUACAGGCUGCCGUUACCAGUGCGUCCAAUGCCAUCUAUCCAGAUCCUGGCUGGGAGUCCUGGGGCUCUUGGUCGGAAUGUACAGUGACCUGUGAAGGAGGAACACAGUGGAGGAUCCGUGCCUGCGGCGACAAUAGCACCGGGGAGUGCAUUGGAGCAAGCAAUGAGAUCAAAGUCUGUAACACACGAAACUGCACGCAACCAGCAGCUCCAGCACCAGCGGCAACAACCACCGUCCCAGCAACAACAGGAACUACUACCCCAACCUCCACUCCAACAUCCAUACCCACAACAUCUAUACCCACCACCUUCACAACAUCUAUACCCACAAAUGUGAUAACGACUAGCCUGAUGCCUACGCCAACAACUACACCUACCACAACACCAACAACCACCCCUACCACAGCGCCAACAACCACCCCUACCACAACACCAACAACCACCCCUACCACAGCACCAACAACCACCCCUACCACGACAAGGGCGACCACUACACCAACUACUUUACCCCAAGCUCUUCCGACUUGCCCGGAUGUCAUUCAACGGGUUGUACCGGCAUCGUGCUUUGCAGUACAACCAACAACCGAGCCCACAACUAUGCCGGCAGCUGAUGGAAACGGUGGAGGUGGAAACGGACAACCCUCUUACGGUGUACCUAGAGUUGUGGAGGUCACAGUAGAGCCGUUUGACGAGAAAAAUGAGUCAACGGUGGCCUUGCGUGGAUACCAGGCAACGGCGCUACUGGAGGCAGAGCACUACUGUUCACAACCCAACGAGCUACAGUGCUACGUGGAGAUGAGACUAGCUUGGAGACAAGCAUUAUCACAGCAAGUGUACUAUCUACACAGUGAGAACUAUACACUGGACAAGGCCAACAUGUCGUGGACGUGGAACAUCAGCAACUCCACCUACAACGAGACAACGCACGAGCACAUGACGAUCCUGAUCAACGUGCUGGUGUCGCAGCGCUGCAUGCGCCAUCACAAGCUGCACACGGUCAGUGGAUAUGCAGCUGUGCACGUGCUCGGACUCUGGCACUUGGAGGCGUUCUUCACUCGCUCGAGCAACUCCUCAUGGAAUUCGUCUUCCUCGUCGAUCACCAAAGUCACGACGCGGCAGCGUCAAGAAGCAAACUGCACGACGCAAGUGGAUUCAGAGUGGAAACCCGUUGCUCUGGGUGUUAUCGGCUCGUUCUGCUUCUUCUUCCUGAGUUUCAUGUGCUGCUGCUGUCCAUGCAUCUGCAUGACACCAAGCUGGGAAUCUCAUGACAUGGAGACUUGCAACAGUGGCACUGCAGUUGUUGUCGAGAAUCCAACCUUGUUUCGCGACUACACGCUCAACCUGAACGAAAACGCAGCGGCUGGAGACGAAUGUUGAGUGGCGAGAUAUGUUGUGCAGGGCAGCCAGCCUCAGAUGCUACAAUCACUGUUGCCUACGCAAUACCAGUUAUUGAGAUGCUCAAGAGGAGCAGAGCAAGGGUUUUUCUUGUUCUACGCACCACCAGCUCCAGAGUUUCCAAAACUUUACAUGCAUGUCUGCAUGUUUUGAGCUACACGAGUCAUACUACUCAUCCAUCUUUAUAUGUAGCACUUUGUUUCUUAGAGAGUGAAGAUGUAGAACAUACAGUUGUUAUAAUACUAGGUCACAUCUAAACGUUCCGACCCUAUCAUUAUUAUGACAAUACACAUGACAGCCGGACCCUAUCAUUAUUAUGAUGCAAUGCUAUACUUAUGAUGCAGUGCUAUACAUGACAGCCGGACCCUAUCAUUAUUAUGAUGCAAUGCUACACAUGACAGACGUAUGAAAUCAAUGCAUUUCAACCUGCUAUUUAUAUGACAGCAACGUAGUUCCGUCCUUAUUUAUUUUUAAAUUAUUUUAAAGUGCUUUCUGCGUUGCAGUACCACGCGGGUAUUUGUGUCAUAUUCAAGAUACCUCCAGAUUUCGUGAAAGUGUGCACUUGUUCACUUUCGGAUUGCUAUUAUAGUGUACCUACAAUCAGUGCUGUCAGUGCUGUCAGUGUUGUCAGUGUUUUAACUGAUACUAUUAUUAUAGUAAAACACUUACUUCUGAAGUGAUCACCACUCCUGGA